CGUCGUCGACGACAUGGCUGCUUACUACCAACCACCACCGGCGGGUCCCCACGCCGCCCAGUAUGCUUACUAUCAACCACCACCACCGCCACCACCACCAGGAGCAGCGCAACCGCCUCCUAUCGCAGUACCUCAAUUGCAACACCAGUAUCACAUUCACCAGCAGCCCCCGUUCGGUUCUUAUUCAACCCCAUUGCAUACGCCUCCUUUUCAAGAAGAGGUUCGAACGCUAUUCAUCGCCGGACUUCCCGACGACGUCAGUCCUCGCGAAAUAUACAAUCUAUUUCGUGAGUUCCCAGGAUACCAAUCUUCGCACCUCCGUAGCCCUAAUGCAACACAAACACAGCCAUUUGGGUUUGCUGUCUUUCUGGAUCAACAAUCGGCGCUUGCAGCAUUGCAUGCUUUAAAUGGUAUGGUCUUUGACCUUGAGAAGGGUUCAACCUUAUACAUUGAUCUUGCAAAAUCAAAUUCGAGGUCUAAGCGUUCAAGAACAGAUGAUGAAAGACAUGGAUCCGAGAAGAGGUUAAAAGGACCCACUUCAUUUUCGAGGGGAUUUCCUGAUCCUGGUGAGAGUGUUGGCAGCGUUCACAUGCAUGGAAUGAGUAAUUCUGCUUACAACAUGAUUGGUUAUCCAUCUGCACAAAGUCAUGGAAGUUUGGAUGGUAGACCUGAGAGUAUUGCUGCAAGAUCGCGAAACUCAUCGGCUCCUCCAUGUCCAACGAUAUUUGUGGCUAAUCUAGGACCAAGUUGUUCAGAACAAGAGCUAACUCAAAUAUUUUCAAGGUGCCGUGGGUUCCUGAAAUUGAAGAUGCAGGGUACAUAUGGGACACCGGUGGCAUUUGUUGACUUUCAGGAUACUGCCUGUUCAAGUGAAGCACUAAAUCAUUUACAAGGCACGGUCCUUUACUCAUCAGUAUCUGGCGAGGGAAUGCGGCUGGAGUUUGCGAAAUCGAGGAUGGGGAUGCGAAGUAAGAAGUCAAGGUAACUGUAUGAAAGCAAUGGGUCAUCAGGUAAUUUAUUUUUUGUGCUGUUAUCAUCAUCACAUCAUCAUCAUCCAGUAAUCCGAUUUUGUACCUAAUUGGAACCGGGUUUUCUUUCUUUUUCUUUCCAUUGAAACCUGAUUAGUUGCAGAAUUGGUUUUUAAGACAGUGGUCAUAAGUUGAUCCUUGUUGGCAUUCAUCAUAAGUUUGCUUUUUGA